UUGCAGAGCAUCGUUGCUCUCUUUCUCUUAAAGAUCACUUUGCUGCGGUACGGAGAGCAAUUUGUUUUAAGAAAACCGCAGUUUCCUCUCACUUCACUGUGCAAGUCACAGGUAGGAUUUAUGACAUGAAGCCAUAAAUAUGAAAGGAACUGUGCGACAAACAUCCUCUGAACCGUUAUUUAACGUCUGGACCAUAUGAGAUGAGCUUCACAUGGACAUCUACAAAGAAGUUAAUGGAUUUUCACUCCAUGCUGGUGGGGGAUUAAUAUGACAAGUGCGCUGCAUUCUCAUCAGGCUAUGAUUCAUUUGGGAAUAUCAGACAUGGCAAGGAUUUUAUCCAUCCACGCGAGUAUCAUGCUUGUCAAAGUACUGGCAUUAAUUCUCUUACAAGGUGUCUUGACGUCCGAUGCCUCAGUCAUAUCCGAGGUCAAACCUGGAGGUAUCCCAGACACCAGCAGGGUGUUUGGCCCCGGGGGACCGGCGGAUUUACUGUCUGAGGCAACGGAGGCAAAGUCCAGAUCUAAGCGCUGCACCUGCUAUUCUUACAAGGAUAAAGAGUGCGUGUACUACUGCCAUUUGGACAUCAUCUGGAUCAACACUCCUGAACGCACGGUGCCCUAUGGAAUGUCGAGCUACAGAGGACCUCAGCGAAUCAGACGUGCUGUUGGUGGACAAUCACCUGAACGUGAGGGGGCAAAGGCUCGCCGCUGCAUGUGUGCUCUGCUUGACACAGACCCUGAGUGCCAUGAUUUUUGUCUGUCAAGCCCCCCGCAGACUGUGCCAGUCAGGAGUCUUCACAGAGUCCCCGGCCCUGGAUGACAGUUUGACUCCUCUCCAUCUUCUCCUCUUCUCCUCGGGGGAAUGGACCCUUCACUUUCUGUUUGGCGCACUUGCUUCCACAGGUACGCUCACAUUCAAGGAAAGAACUUUGGAGUUUGACACUGCCGACAUUCCUUUGCAUCAUAACUCUUGGAGCAAGUUCCAUCAAGCCGAGCGGUUUCAAGACCUCUUCAGCAAAUUUGAUACAGAUCGCUGGAGGCGAUCUCCCUUUUCGUUCCCUCCCGAGAGCCGCAUGAGGAUUAAUUUCACCAUAAUAUUAUAGCCAGUGACCUUGCUUCUAUCAAGCUUGAUCAGACAAAGCCUUUGUAUUCAUACCUGGUAACAGAGUGUUGUGGACUACACUUGACUUGUCUUUCAAAACAAUGAGAUAAGCUAUAUCAAUAUAUAAAGGACAACAAAGACAUUUCUGCGAAAAUGUUGGAGAGCAGAAAGCAGCAUGAGGAGCCAUGGACAGUAGGAGAAAGGCAUGAUAUUGUGAUAUCAUGUCUUACAAUAUCGAAACACGCAAACCAAAAAAAUGAGGCAAUCUUAUGACUACCUGUGUUUUCAGGUGUAUUAUUGAGCUUUGGUUAACGAGACUAUUUACAGUCAAUCUGGCUUUCACACCACGACAGCUUGACAUUUUGUUCAUAUCAGUUCUUUCAGCAGUAAUAUAUCAUUUUUGCUCUUUGCAGCUGAACUAUCAGUCAUAUUUGUUGUGCUUUUACCUCACUACCACUGACUAGCAUUGACUCUGUACAUACGGUAUGACAGCUUUAACUGGAGCAAACUUUAAAUUGAACCACCACACAUUGUUAGGUCUAACCCAAAUUAGUCCAUCUCGAAGAGAACUGAGGGAAAAUUAAAAUUAAUAGCUUGGAGCUAGGGGUUAAAUGUUAAAGAAUAAGUCUGGUGAUCUUCUAUAUGUUUCCAACCAUCAACAACAUGAAAAUACCUUUUGGUGCUCAGACCAUAUGAGCUUAAAAGGCACUAGACAAUAAUAACCAGGAUGGCCGCAUGACAGAUCAUGAUGUACAGUUCAACAAAUUCAAAAAGAGAACAUUUCAGAACAUUUAAUUUACAUGGAAGAAAUAUCCUGUUAUAAUGGACACAGUGUUCUCUGUCUCGGCAGCCAAGCCUCUCCUAUAAAUCUCACUAGAACAAAAAUCUCCAUAUCAAAAAGCCAACUCAACAUAUCAUAUCAUAAACAUAACAGUGAAUUGAUCCUACUAACGGUAUUGUAUUGUAGUCAAAGUCAAAGCUAUUUCCUCCAUUGUUGUCC